AUGCCGCCACAACCCAUCCCAAGAAAUCCAUAUCAGCGGUUUUAUCCAACCCGGAUAGGACUCUCAAUCAUCGAUCUCUUGGUGAUCCUCCAUCUUCCUUUCCUAGUUGUGGAUCUUUUGAAAGGUCAAUGGCUUUUCGGUGUUGCGAUGUGUAAAGUCUACUGGUUCGGAGAGAGUGUCAAUAAGCUUCUGAGCUCUUUUCUGAUGACUGUGCUCAGUUGGGAUCGGUAUAUGGCGGUGUGUAGUCCGGUGAAGUCUAUGAAAAUGCGAAGCAACGCGACCGCUCUAAAAGUACUCCUCGCUUGCACACUGUUUGCUACAGCACUCCUUCUCCCAGUACUAAUCGAGGCAGCUGUAUUCAAAAUCGACAAAAUGCACAUGGUUCCGUUGAUUGAUGGAAGUGAGGAGCUGGCUGCGUCGGACCUUGCUGGUACCACAAUGUCCAAAUGUAUGUUUGAUGCAGAUGCUAUGUUUACCCUCUACACAUUUGUUAUUGGAUUCGCUGCACCCGCAUUCCUGAUCAUCAUUUUUUAUGCACAGGUCAUCUUCGCCCUCCAAAAGUCAUCUCGAAACAUCCGCGGAGCCAGAGGAAUCAGUAAACCAGAUGGAACAUCGAAUAGAGUGAAGAAGGUGACCAAACGAAUUGUCGCAGUGAUUCUGUUCUAUUUCCUAUGUUGGACACCACAAUGGACUCUGAAUAUCAUGUCACAAUUCAAUCUGAUUGCAGUCUCAUGGAUGACUCCUGCACUUUCAGCAAUGUUCUUUGUGGCGCAUUUAUUGGUGUGCUUCAACUCAGCCGCCAACCCAGUUCUCUACGCCUACAUCAAUCGAGAACUCCGUACUCAACAUGUGAUGGCAAUGCAUCGGAAACGGCAUUCCACUAUCAAUGCAAUCCCGCCAGCCUCUGCUACAGUAUUCUCUAAAUUUGGGGAAAGCGAAGGAACUAUUUUCAGCAGACUAUCCCAAUUCCAACACAAUAUAAUUGCGAGUAUAUUCCAUCGGAAACGGAUUCCAUUAGUGGUGCAUAAGAAUAUUACUAUCGAGAAUACGUCAUCAUCAACUGACGAAGAUAAGGAUGAUUACUUGCUAUCAAUGCAAUCGCGCCCUUCCGAUGCCUCUGCUACAGUAUUCUCCAAAUUUGGGGAAAGUGAAGGAACUAUUUUCAGCAGAUCGAAAAUACGUCGUCAUCAACUGACGAGGAUAAGAGCGUGCUUCAACUCAGCCGCCAACCCAGUUCUCUACGCCUACAUUAAUCGAGAACUCCGUACUCAACAUGUGAUGGCAAUGCAUCGGAAACGUCAUUCCGUUUGUCAGAAAGUUCAACAGAGAUUGACACAAAAAAAGACAAAUAAUGGAACUGAAUGCUAG